AAUAACUAAGCAAGUUAUAAUCUUGAUGAGAUAGUUACAAAAUUCCAAGCAGCUCGUCACACCAACAAUGGGCUCAGAAGCGGGAGGGCGGCGCGUGCGCUCCUCGCUCCUCAUCCCACCAAGACCAUGGCCGCUGGCACCUUUGUUUACAUGUGACAAGUGUCGGAGUCGGGCCAUAAGAGUGGCCCUCGCCUCUGAUGGUCUAAGCUCAUGGUAUUCAAGAGUUCAUCAGUAUGGCAGCAAAGAACAAGUCACAUAGGAAAAGGAGUAGGGAUUGUGUAGAGAUACAUGAAAAAAAUCAAGAGCAUCCAGUCAUAAUUGCUAAUAUAAAAAGGAGGAGGAAAACAAGAGUUGGAAGUAAAACGGUGAAUGAAAAUAAAAGUACUACUGCAAUAUUGCUGGUAAACUCUGUUGCAAAUAAAUCAGACUGCAAUACUACACGAUCAAUUGUAACACUACGAAGACAUUCAAAUAGUAACUCAUGCUGGGAACAUAGUACAAGCACAAGUGCAGUGUUUAGUGUACCAAGUGCAAAUAUAGAACAAAACCUCACAAACAAUAUUAAGAAAACAUAUGCCUCUAGAAAUAAACAUAUGCAGGUAAAGAAUGACAAAGGGAAACCAAAACAAAAUUCUAAAUCCAAAUCCUCAUUAUGUGAUCUGUCAAACAAGGAAGAUAGGUUUAUGAAUGCAAUUGAGGACACCAAAAUAAAAGAAGAAAAUGUAAGUAAAAGUGCAGAUAAUAACAUGGAAGGUUCAGCUUUUCCUGUUGAAGGUGGAUUCAUUCAUAAAGUUAAAGUUGGUAUCCCAGCAAGGGCUGAUGGCCCCAGACAGGGUGACAGUUUUCAUAGUGGAAAUUGUGCAUUACAAAUAGUAGGUAAAGAUGCAUGGAAAAGUGAAAAUGAUUGCACAGCUUAUAUAACUAGUGACUGGUCUUCAGAGAGUAAAAAACUUAUAUCUAAAGUAACAGUGAAUGAGGAUGUUAAAGCCAAUGAAUCAGACACAACCACAGGAAGCAGUGAUGUUUUAGCUGCAUUAUCCUCUAAUGUGCAUUUAACAUGUGUGUGUGAGUCUCUUCCUACUUCUUUACAAUCUGUCAACAACUUAGGAGUUUCUUUGGCUUCUUGUAGGUCAAGUUUAACUGCCGGCACAUCAACGAUUACGGCAAUUACUUCUCCAAUUACAACGUACCCUCUGGUGUCAGAUAAGGCUGGAGAUGCUGCUGGAGGAGCAGUGUUUGCAUUUAGUUUAUCUAACUCUCUCACCAAACAAGAGGAUAACUCUCCUGGGGUUGUAUCCUCUGCAUCAUAUGCAUCAUCUAGUCAUAACAUAUUAAAUCAUGAUGUAUCAAACCCUAAAUGCAACAUGAUUAGUGUUGACAAGAAUGAACUGUCUAUUUCCACAGUAAACUGUAAUGUUGAUGGUUUGGAAGAUCACAAGAAUAUACAACAUGAACAUCAUAUGGUUGACAAAAGUACCUCCACAAUUCCCAUUGUACAGAUUGACGAUGACGGUGAUUUAUUGUCGACAGAAAAUUACAAUUUUCCCGUGUCUUUUGUCAAUUGCUCACCAGCAACAUCCAUGUCAGAGUUGGGGACCACAUCUGCUUCCCCUAUAGUAGCAAGCAGUAGACAAGAUCACUCUCCAAACUUCAUGCAGGUAGACAACUGGGCAGCAACCUUACUGCAGAGACUGCAACUUCUCUAUGAGAGUGAACAAGAGUGUGACCUACUACUAAAGUUUGCUACGGGUGAAACGCUCAAGGUUCAUCGUGCCAUUGUGUCGGCUUGCACAUCAUUAGUGUCGGAUCCACAUCCUGUACAACAAGGGGAACUGCAUGUUCCCUCAGACCUCAAUUAUGCUAGUGUUGAACCAGUUAUAAGAUUUGUGUACAGUGGGCGUCUGGAUGUUCGAGGAUCGCAUAAUGAAAUGAGUGCUAUAUAUGCAGCUGCACAGAGGCUUCAAGUGCCAUUGCUUACACGAUUCAUGGACAGACGCUUUCCAUAUCUUUCACCUUCAAAUCAUUUUAAAACUAGACUUCCAAUUUGGAAGCGAAGUCCAGAAAAAUUAUUACAACAUAAGCAACAAACUGGCAAGGGCAGCAGCUGCACUCCCAGUUCCAGAUCAUUGUUACUGUCGUUUGCACCACUAACUGAGCAUCAAAGAUCCGCGACGAGUGUGGAAUCUUCACCUGGUUCUAAAGAAACUGGAGAGGCUGAUACAAAAGAUUCUACUGAAGAUUCUAGUAUGGCACUGGAAGUGGAUGAAGAGGUGGGAAAGGAGAAUGAAGGGCAGGAUGGAUCUGUUUAUUUUCUUCUAACAAACAGUCAGAAGAUAGCAGAAGCUAAUGCUGCAGUAAGGCGGAAAAGACCAGCGGAAGAGGCCAGGCCAACAAGAUUUGAACUUGAAGAGGAUGCUGAAAAUGUUCCUGUUCAUAUAGUGAAUUGGUCUUCCAAAAAUUCUUCCUUUUCCCCUUCACUUGCAACGGCCUCAGUUUGUAGUCAAGACAGUAAUUCCUCAUCAUGUUCAUAUUCACCAACAGAGACUUCAUCUUUCAAUCCUCUUGAUAUUUCACUAUUUGGCUCAUCCAGAUCAUCACUUUUUGCAAGUAGAUAUAACCAGUCAUUGAACCUGAACAGUGACACAAGAAGUUUUACUGUUUCUAACCUUAAUUCCCCACCUCAGGAUCCAUUUUCACUCCUUACCCAAGUGAUGUCAGAGGACCAAGUUGAAGUUGCUAAGACAGAAGAAACUGGUAACAAAGUUGAUGUAUCUGUCACCACUAAUUCAAAAUCAUUCAAAGAGCAGGCAAUGGUCAUAGAUGAUCCUGACACUAUUGAGGAUGAUGACAUUGAGAAGGAUGGUGUAGAAUUAAUGGAAAAGAUAUCUAGCAUAUGUAAACAGCUAGAAGAAAAAGAUGUAGAUGAAGCUGGGUCAAGUGGUAGAGAUGUGUAUGUUCCAUGUGAUUAUAAAAUGGAAACAGAAGAUUGUGAAAUUCCUGUAAAAGAUAACUACUCCAAGGUUUCAUUUUCUACUUCAAUUGAAGGAGACAAUUCCUCAGAUAGCAAAGAUUCAUUUAUGUUCAGUAAUCCUUCUGUUCCAGUUAAAUCAAUACUUAAAAAGAAGAAAGAUAAAACUAUUACGAGUAAUUUGAAAAAACACGUAUCGUUUCCACUGGAUGAAAACAAUGAACUUAUCAAUGAAGUUGCAUUAUAUUCCCAUGCAAAGGAGCCAGCACAGUCUCUUAUCGAAGUUCAGAAAACUGUUGGAACUUUUAAACCAAGUGACAACUCCUAUUCACCAUCAAAAUUAACAUUGUCUUUAAAGCAAAAAGUAUUGAUGAAUUUAAAUAUGAAUGAUUCCGAGGCUACUGAAUCGUGCAGUCAGGUGGAUGAACGAGGUAAGAGCACAAAAGAUGAUGGUUCUGCCAGUCAGUCCACUAGUCAUGGCCAAGUAAAUAAAGGAGACAUGUCUAAUCAUGCCAAGAUCAUUUCAGAAGUUUUGAAAAAAUAUCCACAGCUUGUAAAAGACAAAAAAAAUAUAAGACUAAAAAUUCUGAAAAAGGGUAGUGAUAAAGCUGGGGGUGGAAAGUUAGUUAAGUCUAAAGUUCAAUAUCUUGUCUUAAGUGAUGGUGAUUCCAAAACCAAACUAUGUACAAAACUUUCCAAAACUAUCACAAGCUCUGGCUCAAAGGGGAAUUUAAACACUUUGCCUCAUGCAGUGCAGAAUGCUCAGAUGUUUGAAUGUCCAGAAUGUGAAGACAUUGUUUUCCCAACGUACUUCACAUUUAAGAAGCAUGUAUCUUCUGAACACAAAGAUAAAAGUAGUGCUAUCUUAGCUAGCAUUGAUAACGUACCAUAUGCAUGUUACACGUGUUUUUUUAAUGAACCUUUAGAGUUCAGUGAUUAUUUUAGUUAUCAGCAGCACAUGAAAGAAGUACAUAGUAAGAAUGAAACACGACUGUGUAGCAUGUGUGGAUUCCGACCUGGACGCAAGUUGGAAUUAGCAUAUCAUCAGUACACAGAGCAUAAUAAAGUGCCAAGAAAUAUAACUUUUCCAAAAUGUGAUCUUUGUGAUCAUGUAGCUAUGAAUGACGCUGCUCUCUUAAAGCAUCGUUCACAGCAUGCAAAUGCUGAUAACUACACCUGUUCAGUUUGUGGAGGGGCAUUUUGUUCAUUUGGAGCACUUCAAGGCCACAUGCAGACUAAACUUUGCCAGAACAAGCCCAAUAUUUGUCACAAAUGCCCACAUUGCCCACUUACUUUUGCUCGCUCAUAUAAUCUCAAAGCCCAUUGUAAAUCCAGUCAUAGAGCUAAACAGAAAACAGAACAAAUAGCACCUGAAUUAACACGAGAGGAAACAAGAAAUAAUAAGCAAGAGGAAUUGUCUAUAGAGACAGGCGAGGCGGUUAAACUUUCAGAAUCAAACUUAUCUUCACAUCUUGAACAAGAUCAACUGAAUGUAGAGGGUGUAUGUGAAACAUUGACCAGUAUGAAUAGUCAGUCCUCUUCUGAGGCUGAAGCACUAUCAACUGUAGCAAAUAGUUUGGCAGCUUCCUUGGGAUUGCCUGAGGAAACCAUAAAUCAUUUUAUGUAUACUCAGGUGGAUAAGUUGGACUUUCCAAGUAGUUUGAGUGAUGAAAAAUAUGAAGAAAGCAUAGAAAGGCCAAGUUGCACAAGUGUACAUCUUGUGGAAGAUAAUACCUCUGUGUCAGGCUACCAAGGAGAACUACCUUUAUGCCAUGACAGGACUUACACUAGUCAAGCACCAAUGCCUUCCACCGCCAGUGUUGGCAACUUGUAUCCUGUAGGUGUUGUACCCAGCCAUAUCGUAUCCAGUCACUUAGUACCUGGACAAAUUGUGCCGAAUCAAAUGCUCGAGGGAGGAUGUGUCAGCACAACAGGUGGGUCAGUUCUUGGGACUACAUCUCAUAGUUGGACAUAUGUUACGUACGAGGUACCUAACACCACUAAUGAUCUGCCUGCUCUUAUAGCUGAGGCUACUACCCUAAAUAGUGCUGCUAUCACCCAAGACCAGAGUUCUGGUACAGUGGCCCGUAACCAAGAGAAAGCUAAUAUGGCUUGUGAUAAAGGAUCUAGAGUGAAUGUUACUGCAACAGGCAGGUUAUCUAAUACUAGUAAUGACAUCGAAAAUGUGUGUGAACAGAACCCUCUUCUGGUGAUGGCCAAUACUGCCACACAAGCUGAUAUUAGUAGGGAUUCAGAUGUACAUGCAUACCUCGUUUAAUGGCAUGGAUCCAUUCCUAGAAAUAGGAGUAUUGACUGAAUUGGCACUACAAGGGUAGUUUUUAUAGCAUAGUCGUUAUAGUCAUGUGUUCCUGACAUCCAUAAUUUAUUUCUUAGACCAACAUAUUGGUCUAUUGGUUCUGGGACAAUAAUACUGAUGAUAAACACGAUUUUCUGUGAGGAGCCCUGUUGGCUCCCUGAAGCUCUCUCACUGAGAUGGGACCCCACUACUGGGUCACAUCAGUUGCAGGAGUCCUAUUUGGCCUACAGGGGACCAGAGCCAGACACUAGCCCCCCCACAGAGGAGCAAAGAGCUGGGGAUGUAUUAUUGUCACCCAUAUUAGGAAAGCAUCCAGAAAGUCGAUGAAACUUGACAGACUACUGCAAGGUUCAUAGAAAAUGAAGUGCAGAAAUGGCCAAGCAACUCCACAGGUGAAAACAAACGAUCCACUAGCUAGCAUAAGGUCAUUAGUACUGAUAGCUGCCAGCAUAUAUUCUGGAACAAUGAGAUGGGGCAAGUCCAUGCUUGCUCCCAUCUCACAGUCCUGUCGUUGAUACAGUGGUGUAAAGAUUGUAGUUGUGCUUCCCUGGUUGGUGGUACUGCAGCAAAUCCCUCUGCUUCUCAGCUAUGUACUAUGUAAACACCAUUUGCUUGUGUUUUGUUCUUUGAUUUGUGUAUUUGCAUGUUUUAUUCCUGGCUUGUGUGGGCUUGGCAUAUUUUGCACUUCAAGCUGCCUGCAUUAAGUGCUCCUUUCCUUGCGUGCUUGUUUGUGCUGCCCUGAACUGAGAGUUACUUCUCUGAUGUGUUCGGGAGUUCACAGAAAUAACACCACAUGAGACCAGGAGGCAUGGCAGGAUGUGCAGAAUACCCCCGUUGAAAAAAAAAAAAGAGGUGCAAUAGAAACACUGAGGGAGAACUAACAACAUCAAGGGCCCAAGACUUUUUAACACUCUCCCGCUACACGUAACUGGCUGGGCCCCUCACAGUGUUCAAGAGAGAACUUGACAAACACCUCCAAAAAAUACCUGAUCAACCAGGCUGUGAUUCAUAUGUCAGGCUGCGAGCAGCCGUGGAGCCAAUGAUCCCCAGAAGCUACACAAGGUAGAUACAAGGUAGGUAGGUAGUUCAUCCACAAGAGGUGUGAUUGUCGGGGUAGAGAGCCUCACCCUGGGCAAUUCAUGAGCUGCUGACUCCUCUGUUUAGGCCUUGGGUUGGGUCAGCCCUACUUGGUUGGGGGGUACACUAGGAUAUAUGCGCACUUUGUUGAUAUGAAACACUGUGGACACCCUUCGUAGCCAUGUUGUUUACAGGCUGUAUUUGGGGUCUGUUUUUUCAGUAAGUGUCCCUAGUCCCUAGGUGUCCUGCUACCUUCAGGCCCGGGUAUGGCAUAACAUAAUGGAUCAGUCGGUCAAGUCCACGCUCGCUACAUGCGAGUUUGAAGGGGGCUCAUCAGUUCUGCUACUGGCAACGAUAAUUUUCUUUGCCUCUGCCAUGCUGUCUGUUGGGUCGGUGAUACCUUCAACCCUGAGUCCUGCAACACACGCUAUCAUUGGGCCUUCAUUCUCUCUGAGCCUGCUUCACCUUAGGAAACUUACCAGCAGGUGCCACCUUACAGGCUAGGUUCCCAUCUUUGGCUUGUACAGCAUUGCGCUUGUAAAUUUUAAUUUUGUAAAUUUUCAUUAAAAUGAGACAAAAAUAGAGGUUUCUUGCAGUACAAUAGUGUAGUACAGUCUACAUCCCCCCCAUUCCCACAUUCUGUGUUGCCACGAGCCACUACUGCACACAGGGUGUGACCCAUAUUCUCACCGAUGGGGUCUUGCUUCCAUCCUAUUUCCAUGGAGUGGACUGUUGACGACGUGACCUUCUGUUGGCUUUAUGAGAUGUUCAGUUGCCUUAAUGUGGACCUCUUCAUGUCAGUGUGGAACCAGCAUCCUCCAUUCUUUGAUUAUGAGGCUCUUGCAGUGGAUUCCUUUCAGCUACACUGUCAAAGUGGGGGCUCAGAUUACUAUUUUUUUUUUCAGUUCAGUUGUUGCUCUGGAUGUCAAAGUGGGGGCUCAGAUAACUAUUUUUUUUCAGUUCAGUUGUUGCUCUGGAUGUUGUCCAAGCUGGAGAUGUACUCAUGGAGGGUGAUCCUUCUUGAUCCUUGGUGGCAGGCUUGGCCUUGGUUUCUUGCUUUGCUUGCCUAGUGUCCAUGCUCAGGCAUUUUUCUGAUGCUCUGCCCCUUUUCAGCAGAUUGGCCCAGCAACAAAACCUGUUGCUCUAUGUAUCUGGAGUUUCUGAUGAGAGUUUAUCACCAUUUGUAUGGUGAACUGGUGGCUGGUUUGUUGGUGUCCCACCUGCACCUCUCUUUGCAACAGCAGUAUGAAGUUACCUGGCACCCACUUCACCUGUCUCUUCAUUAUCUUUAUUCAGUUACUGUUCCAGUGACCCUUUCUAGUAUUGGCUGUUUCUGGGGGGGGAGCCUUGUCGGCUCCCCGGAGUUAUCCAAGCUGAUAUGCUAAUGUCAGACUUAGGCAUCAGUCAUGUGUAUGGAGUUCUGUGGGCCUACCGGGGACCACGAGCCAGAACCUGGCCCCCUCAGAAGA